AAGGCCGAAAGGGAAAGAAGACAUGCCCCGGAAUGCGACACGUGAAGUCUCCACCACAACCCUAACUUACCUAACCUUCAACCUUUUCAUCAUUGGCGGCCAAGGCGCACAUCUGCAACCAUCUGCUCGGCCUCUCUGCUGUCGAGCUGUGCAGGGACAGAGGCCAUUAAGAUGUCCUCCAUCCGGCCCAUGACGCCGAUGGAUCUGCUCAAAUUCAACCCGUGCAACCUCGACCAUCUGACCGAGACGUACAACAUCGGCUUCUACCUCGACUACUUCACCAAAUGGCCGGAGCUGUGCAAGGUGGUCGAGGGGGAGAAUGGGCAGGUGGAGGCGUACAUCUUGGGCAAGGUGGAAGCCUCGCCCUACCCGGCGCCCGUGGAGCCGUAUGACCCGGGCUUGAAAAUCUACCAGAAGAAAUUCCCCAACUAUCUGCCGUGGCAUGCGCACAUCACCUGUCUCACCGUCGCCCCCUCUGCCCGCCGUCUCGGGCACGCCACCCGGCUCAGUGUAACGCUGGAGGAGGUGGGCGAUGCGCAGAAUGCGUGGUUCGUCGACCUCUUUGUGCGCGUGGAUAAUGUGGCGGCCAUCAAGCUGUACAAGAACAUGGGGUAUUCAAUCUACCGCCGAAUCACAGACUAUUACAAUGACGGCAGCGAUGCGUACGAUAUGCGCAAGCCGCUCAAGCGCGACAAGCAGCGCAAGACGGUGCGGGCGAAUGGGGAGAAUAUCAAGGUGCAUCCGUCGGAAGUGUGGUGAGCAAGCAGUCAGCACCAUGCUGUAGUACUUCAGCCGCAAUCGGGACGAUCGU